CGGUGUGGCUUCGCGCGGCCCGUCCUCUGUUCUCCGCGGGAGCAGGCUGGCUGGGCGGCUUCUGAAGGAAAAGUAUUUCCGCCGUUGGAGUCCGGCUUGGCCCCCCCAUCACCCCACGGACCUGGCCAUCCCAGCGCUUUCUGUAGGAAUCUAAGUCAUCCAGAUUAAAAGAGAAAUGAAUAUCGUCAUUUUCCACUUUGAUGCAUAAGUUUCCCUGACAUUUCCUUGGAGUCACAGAAGAAUUUGUUUACACAUUUUACCAUCAGACUAAUAGGAUGGACAUUUCCAGUUUGUCCUGUGGAAGUCUGCUUUCUGAGGACCAAGUCUGCAGUCAAGGAGAAGAAAAAGAGCGAGAAAGUACACUUGUUGAUUGGCUGAAAAACUGUAAUAAGGAUUUGAUGACCUUUCAGGAUGAGGCUGUGGAUUUCACUCAAGAGGAGUGGAGUACAAAGGAUCCAACUCAGAACAGCACACCUAGUGAUGUGACAGUGGAAGACUACAAAAACCUGACCACCGUAGAAUUGGAAAAGCAACUACAAACCAAAGAUUUAGCACUAGAGCAGGAAUUUUUGACAAGACAUACCUUCAUGGAGACACAACAGGUGGAUGCAGUGACCUUUGAAGAUGUGGCUGUGGACUUUACCCAGGAAGAAUGGACUUCACUGGAUCUAGUUCAGAGAAACCUGUACAGAGAUGUAAUGCUGGAAAACUACCAGAACCUGGCCACAGUAGGAGGUCAGCUGUUCAAACCCAGCUUGAUCUCUUGGUUGGAGCAAAAAGUAGAAUUGACAGUAAUGGAGCAAGGAAUUCUCCAAGAAUGGGAAAUGCACCUUAAGACAAAAAGGACAGCACCUCAGCAGGAUAUGUUUUCAUCAGACAUGUCAAAUGGAAUACAACUGGAAAGAGAACACAAUGGAGGGGAGCUUGCUGAUUCCGUAAAAGUUGGAAGAGUUUUCAGUGAAGAUUCAUGCCCUCAGACUCAUAUUAGUACUCCAGAUACAGAGAAUGCAUCACAGUGUAAUUUGUAUGAAAAAGACUUUGUACUACCACUUAAAGAAACUUCUACUACUGAAGAGAACAUUUUUCAAUUGAACCAGUGUGUAAAACCUUUCACUUUGACACCAGAUGAUUCCAAGAGAAUGUGCCCUCUGGAAAAAUCCAUUGAAUGCAGUGACUGUGGGAAAACUCUUGCUAAUCAGUUAGAACUUCAGGCACAUAGUUCUUCUCAUAGUGAAAAGAAUCUCCACAAAUCAGAGCAGUGUGGGCAAGCUCCUACUCAUCCUAUAAGCCAUGAUGGGCAUGUUGUAAUUCCCACUGAAAAAAAAUACUACGAAUGUAAGAAAUGUGAAAAAUUUUUUACGCAUCCUCUAUACCUUAAUAUCCAUAUGCAAAGCCACACCGUGGAGAAACCCUAUGACUGUAAGGAAUGUGGGAAAGCCUUCGCUGAGCGCUCAAGCUUAAUUGUACAUCUACGACAACACACUCGAGAGAAGUCUUAUGAGUGUAAGGAAUGUGGGAAAACCUUCAUUCAACCCUCACGCCUUACAGAACAUAUGAGAAGUCAUACCGGGGAGAAACCGUAUCAGUGCGACCAGUGUGGGAAUGCCUUUGCAUCUUCCUCUUAUCUUACUACACAUUUGAGAACUCAUACUGGAGAGAAACCCUUUGAGUGUAACAUUUGUGGGAAGGCAUUUACACGUUCCUCUUAUCUGCUAGGUCACAUACGAACUCACACAGGUGAAAAGCCCUAUGAAUGUAAAGUAUGUGGGAAAGCGUUUAGUGGCCGUUCUUGGCUUACAAUACAUUUACGAAAACAUACUGGAGAGAGGCCCUAUCCAUGUACAGAAUGUGAGAAAGCCUUCACCAGCUUUGCUCAACUAACUGAACAUAUAAAAACUCACACUGGUGAGAAGCCCUUUCGUUGUAAGGUAUGUGCAAGGACCUUUAGAAAUUCCUCAUGCCUUAAAACCCACUUUAGAAUUCACACUGGAAUAAAACCAUAUAAAUGUAAUUACUGUGGAAAAGACUUCACUGCACGUUCAGGCCUUACUAAGCAUGUACUGAUUCACAAUGGUGAGAAGCCCUAUGAGUGCAAGGAAUGUGGGAAAGCCUUUAGUACAUCCUCUGGCCUUGUUGAACACAUAAGAAUCCAUACAGGAGAGAAGCCCUUUGAAUGUUAUCAAUGUGGGAAAGCCUUGGCUCAUUCCUCAUCUCUUGUUGGACAUUUACGUACUCACACUGGAGAGAAACCUUUUGAGUGUAAUCAGUGUGACAAAACAUUUACACGAUCUUCUUAUCUUCGUAUUCAUAUGCGAACUCACACCGGAGAGAAACCAUAUGAAUGUAAAGAGUGUGGGAAAACUUUCCCUGAGCGCUCAUGCCUUACUAAACACAUCAGAACACAUACUGGUGAAAGGCCCUACGAAUGUAAGGAAUGUGGGAAAGGCUUCAUUAGCUUUGCUCAGCUUACUGUACACAUAAAAACUCACAGCUCAGAGAGGCCUUUUCAGUGUAAGGUGUGCACAAAAUCCUUUAGAAACUCUUCAUCCCUUGAGACCCACUUUCGAAUUCACACUGGAGUAAAGCCCUAUAAAUGCACUUACUGUGGGAAAGACUUCACUGCUCGUUCAGGCCUUACUAUACAUUUACGAAAUCACACUGGGGAGAAGUCGUAUGCAUGCCAAGAAUGUGGAAAAGCCUUUAGUACUUCCUCAGGCCUUAUUGCACAUAUACGAAGUCACAAAGGAGAGAAACCCUUUGAAUGUGACCACUGUGGGAAAGCCUUUGCUUCUUCCUCUUACCUUAAUGUGCAUUUGAAAAUUCACACUGGAGAAAAGCCCUUUCAGUGUACAGUAUGUGGGAAAACAUUUACAUGUUCUUCUUACCUUCCUGUUCACAUGCGAACUCACACUGGAGAGAAGCCUUUUCAGUGUAUAAUAUGUGGAAAGUCAUUUUUGUGGUCCUCCUACCUUCGAGUUCACAUGCGAAUUCACACUGGAGAGAAACCCUAUGUAUGUCAGUACUGUGGAAAAGCCUUUACAGAACACUCGGGCCUUAACAAACAUUUGCGGAAACAUACAGGAGAGAAACCAUAUGAAUAUAAGGAAUGCAGUGAAGCCUUCACUACUUCUGCUGAUGCUAAUGAACAUGAAAAUCCCCAAUGGGGGGAGAACCUUUGAAUGUAAGGAAUUAAGAUAAUUGUUCUGGAAGCCCUUGACUCAUCCUUUGGAAUCAGAAGUCACAGUUUAUACAAGUCUUAUUAAUAUAAUAAGCAAUGUAUAAAAACAUUCAGUUGAGUAAAGACAACUCAUUCUGAGGAUGCUCUGGGUUGAAGGGUUGUGGGAGAGACCAGAAUCUCAUGGUGUAUGAACUCACUCGAGGUUUAGUAUAGAAAACAAAAACCUCUGGUGUUUCCAUGUAUGUUGAUGUAAGACGUAGCAGUGUGUCACAGAUUUUCACUUGCUCUGUUCACUUAUGAUCUCACAGAAAAAUCUUACUAAAGUUCAGGAAGUAACUUUAUAUUGACUUUGUGGUAUUUACGGACUGCACACAAAACUACAUGUGUAAUAGGGGAUUUGCUUCAGUGUUCUGAAGUCUUGGAUGGUAACACAUGGAUUUCCUGGGUGCUUCUAGAUGAACUUUUGACUAUUUCUACGUUUGUAUAUUUUUAUGACUUCAAUUAUGUUUUUAAAUUCCAUAUGGGAUUUCCUUUUUAAGCUAUUCCUGUUUGAUAUGAUUGAAACUGUUGUUUAUGCCUAAUGUUUAUUAUAUGUCUCAUGUCAGCAUUGUGAAUGAACACAAACUCCCAUCUACUCACUACUUGUUAGUUUAUUUGUUGUCAUGUAUUCCUGCACUGUUUCUUUCCUCUUUGUUAUCCACCCCACACCCCUUUUAAAAAAACGGCUAGUAUGAAUCAUGUAGUCUAGACUGAUGUCUAGCUCAUGGCAGUCCUGGCCUAGCCUCCUGAGUGCUUAGAUUACAGGUGCAAGCCACCAUUAUCAUCUUUGUACUGUCUUAAGUGCUGUCUUUGCUAGCACUGAAAUUACCAUGUUUUACAUAGCACUCAAAUACUUAACAAGUAGGUUUGGAUCUGACCAAUACAAUCCUUUUCUCUGAGUUCCAAAUCUCUGGUAGACAUUAUUCCAUUUUCUGAUUGGAGUUCAGCUUUUCUUUAGCCUCUACUUGUUAGGUCAUGUAGUAUCUGUAUUAACUCUUAUCUUUUUUAUUUUUGUGACAGGGUCUUGCCCUAGCUCAAAUUGACCUCAAACUCCUAACCUUUCUGCCUCAGAUUUUACUGCUGGAUUUACAGGCAUGUGCCAACAUGUCUAGCUGUUUCUAUGGCUUAUAUCAAUUUACAUGAGGUUCUCAAGGUGGAACCUUGUUAUGGUCAGUUAUUUUAAGUCACUUAGUUUUCCUUUCAUUUGUGUAUGGAUACUUAGUUUCCAUACCUUGGCUGUUAGGAUUAUUGCUACAUUGAAUAUGGAUGUAGUUAUCUAUCUCUUUAAAUUGAUGAUCUUAUGUUCUCAGAUACAGUCCUAAAAGUGUGUUUGUUACAGGAAUGAUAAGUGUUAAUUCAGUGUCUGUAUUAUUUUUUAAUCACUAUCCAUUUAUGUUCCCAAUGAUGUACAUAGCCUUUUACUUAUCUUUUUACUUUUCUGCCAUUUAAAAAUGUGAGAUAGUAUCUUCAUAGUUUUGAUUUGCUUUUUCUGAUCUAUAAGCCAUUUGUAUGUCUUUGCUAAAAUAUUGAUUUCAGUUAUUUAUCAAUUUAAAAAUCAAGAUAUGUGUAUUUUGCUGUGACCCAUUGUAAUAUAUAUAUAUGGUUUACAGGUAUUUUUUCCAUCUGUGUACAUGCCAUUUCAGAUUUUUUUGCUGUUUUGUAAAAUCUUUAAUUUGAUAUCCCCUAAUUAUUUAUUUUUGCUUUUAAUGCUCAUGCUUUUCUGUCUGUUCUUAAAUUUUUUGCUAGUAUGUCUGGAAGCAUUCUUUCUGGACUUUUAUUGUGUUACAGUUUUAGGUUUUGCUUUCUGGGUUUUGUUUGAGUUGAUCUUACGGUGUAAUCCAAGAUAGCAUGGAACUCACUGUGUAGAUCAGGGUGAUCUUAAACUUUUAGCAGUAUUUCUUCCACAGGCCUCCUGAGUGCUGAGAUUUUGUGUUUGAGCCAGCCUACCCCACCUAACUGUAUUUCCUUUACUAUUAUUUAAUUCUGUUUUCAUAUACGCACACACACAUGCAUACAUACACAUUCUUACACAACACAGUGUAUGAGCACUUAUUUUACAUAUGCAUUUUUCUCAGUUUCAUAUUUGUGCAACUAUCUUUUUUAUGUUAUGAUAGUUUUUGAAAAUUUGCUUAUAAGCAUUUUUUAUUGUCUCUGUUUUGGUGCUAGGAAUUGAACUUGUGGUCUCAUGAGUGCUCAGCACGAGUUCUAUCAUCAAGCUAUAGUUCUAAACUCAUUGUUGAAAUUAUAUUGACUGUAAAGGUGUUUUUUUGUUGUUUGUUUUGUUUGUUUUUGAGAUAAUUUCUCUGUAUAGCUCUGGCUGUUCUGGAACCUGCUAUGUAGACCAGGUUAGCCUCAAACUCACAGAGAUCCACCUGUCCCUGCUUCCCAGAGUGCUGGGAUUAAAGGUAUGUGCUCCUACACCUAGCCAUCAUUACACAUUUAUUUCUAAACAAUUUGUUAUAUUGUUUGUAUCACCAUUUUACUGAUUUCUACCUAUGUAAUGGGUUUUGUUUGUUUUGUUCUUGCUCCUUGAGACAAGGUCUCUAAGAGUUUAGACUGGCUUUGAAAUUAACUAAUGGUCAAGAAUGAUUUUGGACCUCUCAUCUUCUUGCCUCUAGCCCUCCAGUGCAAGAAAUAUAGGCAUGCACUACCACACUAUUUUUCUGCAGUGCUUGAGUAUCAGUCUUCAUGCCAAGUAAACUCUACCAACUGAGCUUCAUCUCCAGCCCUGUAAUACAUUGUUAAACUUUAAAUUUUUUUAUUUAUUUAAAUCUUUGGUUUAUCUGAAAGGUUUUGGUUUCUUAUGCUUUCUGAAAUAUUUUAUAAGUCUGUGAAAAAAAUGUCAUUAGAAUUAUUAAUACAAUGGCAAUAAAUCUACAAAGCUCUUUGGGUAAGAUGAACAUUUUAACAAUGGUAAUUCUCUCAGUGUGCAUGGAUACCUUGACAUUUGUUCAUAGUGGUUUAGAUUUUUCCUGUUUAAUUUUAUUCUCUACUGUUUUAUGUAGUAUAAUUUUUUUAUGUUGACACCCGGUCACCUGAAACAGUUUUACUUUCCUUACUGGGCUGACUUUUUCCUUUCUUAUCCUAAUUGCUUUAGCUAGGCUUUUCGCUGAAUAAACGAAGGAAAGGUAGGUAUGCCUAUCUUUGACAAGUUUGAGGUUUGUAACACUGAAUGAUAACUGCAUUUGUUUUUUUUUUUUUUAACUUUUUAACUUUUUUUUGUUUUUUAUUAAUUACACUUUAUUCAUUUUGUAUCCCCUGCAUUUGGUUUUUAUGUACUGCCAUUAUGAUUAAGUACAUUUCUAUCUAAUUUAUUGACUGUUUUCUCCAUCAUCUGAUAUCCUGUGUUGUUACAUGAUUCUAUACGUUUUCUGCAAUACAGAUUUUCAUUUUGUUCAUUUAGUAUAUCACAUUUAUUUUCAUAAACCAUUUUUCCACCCCACUUAUAAGUUAUUAUUGAUCACAGUUUGUGUGAUCUUUUUAAAAGUUACUUUUAUGAAGUGACCAGGAGAUUGAAAUUGUCUUAAUAAAUAAUUUUUUAUCAUUUAUUUUUGAGACAGGGUCUUGCUAUAUAGUCCAAGCUUGGCCUUGAACUUAUCAUUUAACCUAAACUAACCCCAAACUAAUGAUCCUCCCACACUAACCUUUAAGUGUUGUGGCUUCAGUAAUAGCCCAUUGUGCCUGGCUGUUAAUGUUCAGAAAGACUUUCCUGUUUCGCCAAUAAGUGACUCAUUUGUUAGAGCUUAAACAGAGUGAAAAAGAGAUAAGAUGGUUAACUUCUGUUGUAAGGGUGUCAUGGUUGUAAAGAGAUCCUAGAAAUAGAAUACUCAAGUGUGGAAAGCAAAUGUUAGUGUAUAUGUAGAGAGAAAUAGCAUAAUGAAAACAAGAUCAUUUCAGUAUUCUUUGACAUAUAAUUAACACUGAGUUUGUUUUUUUUUUUAAAUUUAUUUUAUGUAUGAGUGCUCAAUUUGCUUGUACAUUUGCAUGCCAGAAGAGAGUAUCAGAUUCUAGUAUAGAUGGUUAUGCGCCACCAUGUGGUUUCUGGGAAUAGAACUCAGGACCUCUGGAAGGGCAGACAAUGCUCUAAACCAGUGAGCCAUCUCUCCAGCCCCAACACUGAGUCUUAAAAUCACUAAGGAAACUGUACUUGAACUAGACUUGAGACCAAGUAGAUCUAAUAAUUCUAUACAUAACAUUCUAUAUAAGAGCCAGAGAAUACUCUGUAUUAAUUUCACAGGUACAUUAUGAGAAAUUUCAUAGUAGACUUAAUCAAGCUUUUCUUUUAAAAUAGACAGGAUUGAGUUUAUGUAGUUUUUGGGAGAGGGUCUCAUUGUGCAGUCCAGAUGACCUCCAGCUAACCAUUCUGUCUCAGAGAUAAAAUGCUACAUUGUAUUUUAUUUUAUUUUUAUAUUACAUUUAUUUAUUUGGAGUGGGGGUACACAGCAUGUUUUUGGAGAUCAGAGGACAACUCAGGAAUUGGCUUUCUCCUUCCACUUUGUAGAUCCUGGGAAUUGAACUCAGGUGGUUGGGCACCUUUGCUUCCUGAGCCAACUUGCUGGACUACAUAGUUUUAUAUUUGAUAUGAAAACACCUAAUGUCUUGGCAAAUUAGAAAAUGUGUAGUUGCAUAGAAGUGGAUUCUUAUAUGUAUCUCAGUGAAUGGUGACUGAUGUGGCAGGGACUUGGAGUAGAACCAGGAAAGCCUGUGUUAAGCUUCACAGAGUCUUGGUUUGUCAGGAAAUAAAACGGGCCAUUUUACCAACAUCUAAUGUCUUAGCCAGUUUUCAGUGUACAAUAUAUUGUUCACUGUUGUUACAAUGGUGACAUAACAAGGUGUAUACUUUUAAA